AUGUUGAGCCUUUGAAGGCCAUGGCGUGCUUUUCGCACUUUUGGGUCACCGAAGUUCGCGGGGCUCCACCACUAGCAACUCUGCGCUAGCUGCUAACUUCAGCCAGCGACAAAUCCAGCCGGUUGGGAUUUACGGUCCAUGCUUGAGGAGGAACUCUGAGAGAGGCCAGCAUGGACAGCUUCUUCAAGGCGGCUGUUUGUGACCUGGACAAAGUGCUGGACGACUUUGAGCUGAGCGCAGAAGAAGUGGACUGCACGUCCGUCUUCCGCAAGCCUUCGCCGUACGACUUGUCCGCGCCGGCCCCCUCCGAGGCGUCCGGCGCGCCCCCCGACCUGCCCCGGAAUCCACCCGACCCGAGCUCUCUCCGCUACGGCGCGGCCAGCGGCGGCGUUGCGGACCAAGACGGCGAGUUGAAAGUUCAGCCUCUGACCGGCGUGGAUCUGCUCUCCUCCGUGGAUCACGGCGCCGCUCAAAGUUCGGCACCUCCCUGCCUCGACCGGGCCCUCAAGCCCGUGUGCGACCUCGUGAACGACACCGGCUCGGCCGUUCCGAUCCGAGCGGACGGCCGCGAUGCCUUCGGCGACCCGGAUGCCGCCGGGAAGCAGUCGGAGGAGGAAGAGAAGAAGGACGAGGACGAGCUACUGGUGGACUUCGGCGACCUUGUGCUAGAUGAAGGAGGCGCAACUAGUCAGAACUGCCACCGGCAGCUCGUUGGAGCCUCCCUGAGUCUGCUGGACGUCAUUCUUCCUGCAGUUCCUGUGGAGGACGCACGAGAGGAAAGCGACGCUAAAGAUGAAGGCUACGAGGAGGAGCUUCAAGAUGAAGAUGAAGAUGAAUGCUCGGGACCAGGUGAGCAGGACGAGCCGCAGCCACCUCACCAGACUGCUCAAGAGGAGUGCCCACAAGAGUCCGACGAUGAGCUCCCGGAGGCUGAAGAGCAGCAGCAGCAGCAGCGGCAGCAAGUCGAGGAUUCAGAAGCAGAAUCUCUGUCGGGCUCCGACACUUGCCCCGAGGAACCCCUCGAAUCGCAGUCACCGCAGCGUUGCUCUCUCGUCCCUCCCGCGGAGCCUCCGCACCCCGACCCCACAGAGGCCAGCCCGGCGGAGCCCCCGGAGUUCGGCUUCGAGUAUCUCCCUGAGAGCGACCGGGCCGAGCUGCUGGUCACGGACGAGGAGCUGGACGCGUUCCUGCGGGCCCACGCCGAGGCCGAGCGGACCGGCGGGUUCUCCUGCUCCGGUGGCUCGGCGGAGGUCCUCCGGGCGGGAGACUCGGUGCCGCUAAACGGGGAUCUGGAGCGGGCGUUUGCAGACGAGGAGCUGAGGAGCUGCAGAGAAGACCUAGAACGUCUCGCCUCUCCCGAAAGUGACAGAAGCGUGCGCGCGACGCGUCUCGCUCGGGAAUCCCCUUCUGGAGAAGAUUCCUGUAGGGGGAGCCGUUCCUCCACCUGCAACUCUUUGCAGUCGGAGCAGCAGAUUUCCUACGGAGGGGCGAGACCCAAGCAGCUCCCCUGCGCCGCCGCGAGAUCUCCCGCAUCAGCCGAGGGCGACGACGAGCUGCCCGCGUGUUCUUCUGACCUGGACGCGGGCCGCGGCUUCCUCGCGCAUUCCGUCGGCAGCCCCGCCGUCUACGCCCCUCAGGACCCCCCGGAGUACUCGGCCGCUUACGACGAACUCUCGGAGCCGCCGCCUUACCCCGGUGAGCCCCCGGCUCGGAAGAGGGACGGUGCGGAGGAGGAGCCGGGGGUCCGGCAGCCCGCCUGGGUGCCCGACUCGGAAGCCCCCGUCUGCAUGAACUGCUCGCAGAGGUUCACCUUCACCAAGAGGCGCCACCACUGUCGCGCUUGCGGCAAAGUGUACUGCGCCGGCUGCUGCAACAGGAAGUGCAAACUUAAGUAUUUGGACAAGGAGGCUCGCGUGUGCGUCAUCUGCUUUGACACCUUGCACAGAGCCCAGGCGCUGGAGCGGAUGAUGAGCCCCACGGGUCCCAGUCCCAACCCCAACGUCCCGUCCGAGUACUGCAGCACCAUCCCGCCCCUGCAGCAGGCCCGCGCCGCCGGCACCCUCAACUCCCCGCCGCCCACGGUCAUGGUGCCCGUGUCGGCGCUCAAACAGUCGGGCAACGACGGGUGCCCCCGGGAGCACAAGCGGGUCUGGUUCGCCGACGGCAUCCUGCCCAACGGGGAAGUGGCCGACACCGCCAAGCUGUCGGUGAGCGGUCGCGGGAACUCGCAGGACUUUGCCGGCGCUCCGGAAGAAACGACGGAUCAGCCGCCCCCCGCGGGGUCAGAAGGUGAAAGUUGCGGCCGGUCGAGUCCCGAGACGGCGGAGGUGGUCCCUCCUCCCCCGUGCGGCCCUUGGGACUACGCCCUGCUGGCCGGGUUGGGCUCUGCGGUGAGGAAGAGCCCGAGUCUGCUGCCCGACUGCGAGGACCAACUGCCUCCUCUGCUCAUCACCACCGGAGAGGACUCGGCAGGAGACGCGUCGGUGGAGGAGAGUCCGGCUCCGUGCCAGAUUCGGCACCUCCUGGAGGAGGGGGGUCCUCGCCCUUUGACCUUUGUCCUCAACGCCAACUUGCUGGUCAACGUCAAGAUGGUCACAUACUCCGGCCGUCAGUGCUGGUGCUUCGGCUCCAGCGGGCUGCAGGCCCUGGGCCAGAGAGAACUGGUCUUCCUCCUGGAGUGCGUCCCGGAAGAAAGAACUCUCCCCCGGGACCUCUUCACGCUGUGUCUCAGCAUCCAGCAGGACGCGCAAAGAGGGAAGUUUGUGGAGGAUCUGGACAACGUGACCUUCACCGGCAGCUUCCUGGGCAGCAAAGAGCACGCCGGGAUGCUGUUCUUCUCGCCCACGUGUCAGCCGCUGGGGGGUUUGAGUCUCCCGUCGCAGCCUUUCCUCUUUGGCCUUCUCGUGCUGAAGCUGGAGGUCCCCUGGGCCAAGGUGUUCCCCCUCAGGCUGCUCCUCCGACUCGGGGCCGAGUACAGCGUGUACCCCACCACGCCCGUGAGUGUGCGGUUCCGGGAAUCGGUCUAUCGCGAGACGGGACACACCAUCAUGAACCUGCUGGCUGACCUGAGGAACUACCAGUACAGCCUGUCGUCCGUGGGGGGGCUCAGGAUCCACAUGGAGGUGGGACGGAGCUACAUCGACGUCCCCAAAAGCAGCUUCGGCGAGAUGCAGAGGGUGGUGAACGGCGCCAACGAGCACGUGAUCAGCAUCGGCGCCAACUUCAGUUCCGAGGCCGACUCCCACCUGGUGUGCUUCCAGAACGAGGACGGCACCUACCAGACGCAAGCCGGCAGCGUGCCCGGCAAGACGCGCACAGUGACGGGAGCCAGCUUUGUGGUCUUCAAUGGUGCCCUGAAGGCCUCGUCGGGGUUCGUCGCCAAGUCCAGCAUCGUGGAAGACGGGCUGAUGGUGCAGAUGCCCCCCGAGACCAUGGAGGCCCUCCGCACGGCCCUGCGGGAACAGAAGGACUUCGAGAUCGCGUGCGGAAAGACGGACGAAACGGAGGUCCGGGAAACCGUCGCCGUGCGCUGGGUGGACUGGGCGUCGCCCGUCAACGCCGGCGUGACGAGCGGCGUGGACGGCUGCAGUCUGGAAGGCGUGCGCAGCGUCAGGAUGCGGCAGGACGCCCGCUUUGAGUGCGACGGGCGUGUCAUCGGCUGUUCGGAGGUCUUCUACCGGCCGACGUCUCCCGACGGCGGCCCGCCGGCCGUACCGCCGGCGUGCGCCGUCUUCCAGAAGGAGAUCGCCGUGGCCGCCUGCGGAGCGCUGACGCCGCAUCUGGCCGUCCUCGGCGCCGCCGCCAUCAACUCGCUCAGCCUGCGCGUGUCCACGCACGGAGAUGUGGUUGAGUACCAGGCCGGGUCCGGCGGGCGUCUCCUCCCUCAGCGUUACAUGAACGAGCUGGACGGCGCGCUGAUCCCCGUCAUCCACGGGGGCGGCGCCGUCGUGCCGCCGGCCGCAGCGGACACGGAGCUGCUCUUCUUUAUCACGCACGCCAUCUAACGAGCACGCGGCGACACGCAGGAAGCUCAAACCACCAGCAGGUGGCGGCAGAAGAGGACGACGGAGCGUCGGGAACCUUCAGGUGGACGGGGGAGGGACCCGCGACCCAACAGGGCCCCCCCCCGCACGUCAACCGAUCUCUCUCUCCCCCCCCCCCUCCCCCCAUGUGCUCUUGUGGAGCGCGGCGGCAGGUUGGAGCGCGCCAUGCUGACGUUUUUGUUCUCCUUUGCUUUCGGCGAAACGUCAAAAGCAAACUUGGAGGACAAGAAAGACUGAAAAAGCGAAUGUGACGACAUUUGAUUGACAGCGGACAUUUUUCCAUUGAUGGACGACAUCCUGAUUCGUUUGAAUUCACGCGCGAAGGAAGCCGCAACAUUGAACUUUUGGCCUUGCAGCUUGCAGACAAAUUUGAAAACGUCCAUUUUCUAACACCCACAAAUGAAUGAAUUUGUUUAAAAAAAAAAAAAAACAACAAGGGGCGGGGGGGGGGAUAAUUGGUGGUGGUACUACAGCACGGUUGCCUAGUGGUUAGUAAGUCAGUGUCACAGCUGAGUUCUGGGUUUGAAUCUGGGUUGGUCUUGCUUGCGUGGGCUUUGUCGAUUUUCCUUGCGAAUGUUUGUUUGUCUCAAUUUUGCCGUGUGACCCAAAGUUAGCUGCCACAGAUGGGCAAGCGUGAAGGAAAAUGGAGGCUAUUGCAAGUAGGGCUUCUUUUUUUGUGUUUGAAAUUGUGAUAUUCUAAGAAUUUGUGUUAAAGAUGAAGCAAAAUGUCAUUUUGUCAUAUUUGGACACCUGCUGUCGAACCCCCUGCAGGUGAGUCAUGCGCCAACAGUUAAAUGAUCAUCACUAAUUUCUGAAUGUAGCAGCGAAGCAGCUUUAAAAUCAGGUGCAAGGUUCAAAGGUCGCAUCGGCAUUUCAUCUCUCCGUGGAUGGAACGCAAGUGUACUGGACCCAAACCGGAUCCCUGGGUGACCCCCAACGCGUUCUGGUCCGUGAUGAGGCCAAAGUCUCGAGGUUUUUUUUUUUUGUUUCAUCUCAAAGUCUUUGUUGACUAAAUAUGCAUAAGAGAGAUUGUCUUUGUGUUUUCUUUUUAAUACGGAAGAUUUAUUUUUGAAAUUGUGCGUGUACAAGUUGUAACAAAUGUGAGCAGAGUUGAUAUUUUUGAUAGGACAUACUCACACGUGAUUGGUUAGUGGCAAAGACGGCUGAUUCAUUCCACAGAUAAUGUAAGUAAUACAUAAUAUAUAUACGCUCAUAUUUAGUGGACUACAAGCGGUUGAAAUUGGAGGCGAAUGUCACAAAAAAUGUUGAGAAGAAAAAAAUAAAAGUCAAAUCAUCUUUUUGGUGAUGGAAUUUUGUUAUUGACCUG